AUUUUUCACAACAAGAAAUAUCAACCAUGCCGGGAGCAAUCAAGCAGCACGCGCUUGACGCGCUCAGCAGCCGCAAGACGGACGGUAAGGGCUUGCGCGUGGCCAUUGUGCACGCCAAGUGGAACGCCGAGGUGGUAAACUCACUGGUAUCGGCCGCCAAGACGGAGCUUCUCCGCGCCGGUGUGGGCGAAACCGACAUCGUGAUCGCCGACGUGUCGGGUGCGUAUGAGCUUCCGUACGCCGCUAGUCGCAUUAUCGCGUCGCAGAAGCUGGACGCCGUCAUCUGCGCUGGAACGCUUAUCAAGGGGGACACGAUGCACUUUGAGUACAUCUGCGAGGCUGUCUCGCAGGGCAUUAUGCGUGUGCAGCUGGACACGGGCGUGCCUGUGCUCUUCGGCGUGCUCACGGUGCUCAACGAGCAGCAGGCCAAGGACCGCGCCGGUCUCUCGGACAAGGGACACAACCAUGGCACCGAAUGGGCGCAGACCGCCAUCGAGAUGGCCCGCCUUCGCGAGGCUACGCUCAAGGGGGGUUGCCCCAUGCGUCCGCACGAGCACCUGCCCUACCACAGCCUGACCAAUUGCCCGUUCUUCACGGUCUCCACGUGGCUGCACAUCGCCACCCUUGGAGCGCUCGGCUUCGUCGCUGCUGCGGCUGCUAAGAAGCUCGCCUAGACUCAAGAGAUUCAAUCCUCGUAGCUAUCAGGCACAAACAAGAUCCUCUUUUUAAAGCAA